ACCUCACCAUGGAUACAGACCUGAUGGCAGCAAAUGGCAAGAAAGUCAAAGCCCUUGAAAUCUUUGCUUAUGCCCUGCAGUACUUUAAGGAGCAGGCACUGAAGGAGCUGAGUGACCAGGCAGGUUCAGAGUUCGAGAACUCUGAUGUCAGAUGGGUCAUCACGGUGCCUGCCAUCUGGAAACAGCCUGCCAAGCAGUUCAUGAGACAAGCUGCCUACCAGGCGGGCCUGGUUUCCCCUGAGAACUCGGAGCAGCUCCUCAUUGCCCUGGAGCCCGAGGCGGCCUCCAUCUACUGCCGGAAGCUGCGGCUACACCAGAUGAUCGAGCUGAGCAGCAAGGCGGCGGUCAAUGGGUACAGCGGCAGUGACACAGUAGGAGCUGGGUUUGCACAGGCUAAGGAACACAUCCGGCGUAAUCGGCAGAGUCGUACCUUUCUGGUGGAGAAUGUCAUAGGAGAAAUCUGGUCCGAGCUGGAAGAAGGUGACAAGUAUGUGGUUGUGGACAGUGGCGGUGGCACUGUAGACCUGACAGUUCAUCAAAUCCGGUUACCAGAGGGACACCUUAAGGAACUGUAUAAAGCAACAGGUGGACCCUAUGGAUCCUUAGGAGUAGAUUAUGAAUUUGAAAAGCUUCUGUGUAAAAUAUUUGGAGAGGAUUUUAUUGAACAAUUCAAAAUCAAACGUCCUGCGGCGUGGGUUGACUUAAUGAUCGCAUUUGAGUCUCGCAAAAGGGCGGCUGCCCCAGACCGGACUAACCCCCUGAACAUCACCCUUCCCUUCUCCUUCAUUGACUACUACAAGAAGUUCCGUGGCCACAGCGUGGAGCAUGCCUUGAGGAAGAGCAAUGUGGAUUUUGUGAAGUGGUCUUCACAGGGCAUGCUGAGGAUGAGUCCUGAUGCCAUGAACGCCCUUUUUAAGCCGACCAUCGACAGCAUCAUUGAGCAUCUCCGGGACCUGUUUCAGAAGCCCGAGGUGUCCACCGUCAAGUUCCUCUUCCUGGUGGGCGGCUUUGCCGAGGCGCCCCUCCUGCAGCAGGCUGUGCAGGCUGCCUUUGGUGACAAGUGCCGGAUCAUCAUCCCCCAGGACGUGGGCCUCACCAUCCUCAAGGGCGCCGUGCUCUUUGGCCUGGACCCCGCUGUCAUCAAGGUGCGCCGGUCACCACUCACCUACGGGGUGGGCGUGCUGAACCGCUACGUGGAGGGCAAGCACCCACCCGAGAAGCUGCUGGUGAAGGACGGCACUCGCUGGUGCACCGAUGUCUUCGACAAGUUCAUCUCAGCUGACCAGUCCGUGGCCCUGGGUGAGCUGGUCAAACGUAGUUACACCCCUGCCAAGCCCUCCCAGCUGGUCAUUGUCAUCAACAUCUACAGCUCUGAGCACGACAACGUCAGCUUCAUCACUGACCCUGGGGUGAAGAAGUGCGGCACGCUCCGCCUGGAUCUCACAGGGACAAGCAGCACGGCGGUGCCCGCCCGGAGGGAGAUCCAGACCCUCAUGCAGUUCGGGGACACUGAGAUCAAGGCCACGGCCAUCGAUAUAGCCACCUCGAAGAGUGUUAAAGUCGGCAUCGACUUCUUAAAUUACUAACUCUCCCUCCCCGCCACCUGCCCUCUUGGACUCAACUCAUCUGCAUCUACUGACCUCAACCUUGACUGUUCUUGCCCUGACCUUGACUCUCACCAUUGCCCACCUGAACUUCAGCAGGGAAGAUGAAGACAGCCAGGACUAGAAAUAGUUAGGGAUUUUUGAGGGCACACUGGAGUUGGAAAAACGGUCAGAAAUUAAGAGUGAGGUUUGGGAAUAGGAAAUUCAAGGAUUCUAGAAGAACAGCUAAUAUUCAUAGGAACAAAGGUGACAAAGCAGCACGUGACAAGGGAAUCAGUACAUUUCUGCAGCAGUGGUUGAGCUUGCUUUGAACAGAUCUCUGCUAAGUAGAACUUGGGAUGCCUUGUUGCUACCUUCCUAGAUUUGAAAUGAGAUUUUCGAGCCAGGAGGAGAUCUUCAUCUGAGACUUUUUAAAUUUUUUGGAUCGCAGUCACUAUAAAAUGCCACCCAUCUGCAGUUAAUUUCUUCUCAUUGGCAUGUGAUUAAAAGUGGUGACUCAGUGCAACUUGGAGCAUUUGAAACAGGUGGGAGACCCCUACCUACACUGGGCACUAUUUUAGGUUUUUGUAGAAUUUAAAUUCCAAGGAGGCUCAGUAAAGUAGUCACUAGGAUUUUUGUGAGUAGGAGAUCUGAUCCCUCAGCUUUUCAGCAGGUAAAAACUUGCUUUGAUGGAAAUAGAUAUUAAAGAGUUACUGACAUAUCCCAAAUUAUAAGCUGGGAUAUAAUUCCAAGAAUGCCACGUGCUGAUUUCUGAGUUCAUAAGUAAUUCUAGUUAAUCUUAGGGGGAAUUCUGUGUGAGAAAAUUAGGUUGCCAUUCACCUUGUUCUCAUCAUCAAGCCCAGAAGUCCAGAAUAGCCCCUUGCCUUGAAAAGCAUAUGGAUUUUAAGUUACCCCCCUCCUUCCUGCUCUCCUUCCUGCCCCUUAGAAUUUUGGCCACUUAUUCCCACAUUUUGAAAGGAAUACAUUAGUGCAAUAUGGUAAGAGAAUAUGUUCUAUGAAAUGUUUCUUUGCAAUCCUCAGUUUUUAAAGAUCUGUCUAAAAAUACUUUGAAGAUGAAUACUUGAUGAAUUAAGAGGGUUUUUUCCCCCCUUUUUCCCAAAGCAGGUCUGUUGUUCACCUGCAUCAGAAUUGCCUGGGUG